AUGACUCUUUUCGCCUCCAUGUUCAAGCUUUUCGCCGGCCUGGCUGUGGCCAACGCUCUUGUCCGCGAAGGAGCCGUCCCGGCAAAUCCGGUGGCAACGAUCCCGCUUGACAAGCAGUAUGUGCCGGUCAUCCGCAACAACAAGAUUGUCUCAUACAAGACUGCUUACUUCGGCAAGAUUCACGUCGGUAUGCCAAGGCAACAGACGUUCACGGUGGUUUUUGACACCGGUAGCGCCCACCUCUUCGUGCCCUCUGCAACGUGCAACACGGAGACUUGCAUGCGGCACCGUCGCUUUUUCCGAAAUGAGUCGGGCACCGCAGUUGACAUCGAUCACGAUGGCAACCCUGUCAAAAAAAACUCGACGCGGCGUGAUCAGGUGAACAUUGCUUUUGGAACUGGUGAGGUCACCGGGGAGUUUGUGCGGGAGACUGUUUGCCUCUCGCCUCACGAGCCGUCCACCGAGGUUGCACCACUCGGAUCUGCCGCAAAGGAUUGCACAGAGCUUCGAGUCAUUUUGGCCAGCGAGAUGACAAAGGAGCCAUUUAUGACCUUCGAGUUUGAUGGUGUCCUCGGCUUGGGCCUUGCCAGUCUGGCAGUGGACCCCGAGUUCAGCUUCUUUGGCCAGAUGUCAAAGAUGAACGGCCUCAAAGAGCAAACCUUUGGCUACUUCCUCUCACGCUCCGACAACGUGCCAAGCGAGAUCUCCUUCGGAGGCCACGAUGCUCGGAGAUUGGCAUCGCCACUUCAAUGGGUGCCUGUGCACAAGCCAGAGCUGGGAUAUUGGCAGUUGAGGCUGCUUGGUGUCGUGGUUGCUGGAGAGAGACUUCCCCUCUGUGAAGAAGGAGAUUGCAUUGCUAUCGCUGAUACCGGCACUUCCCUGCUCGGUGCACCUCGAGCUGUCACCCAAAGAAUGCAUUGGCUCUUGGCGCGAAAGGUGCCAGAGAAUCCAGCCGAAAUCGACUGCCGGACGUUUCCUGGCCCGGAGCUCAUCUUCCAGCUGGAAGAUGGCGUGAACGUCACCAUCGGAGCGGAGGACUACUCUCGUGCCACAGGCAUGCGCGUCCUCAACAACAAAACAAACUCAUCGCAGCUCAUUUGCCGCGCCUCGCUGCUUCCGGUGGACGAUGGAGAGGUCCUGGGGCCGAAGGCGUUCAUUCUGGGCGAGCCGGCUUUGCGCAAAUACUACACCGCGUAUGACUGGAAGCGACAGCGAAUUGGCUUCGGGCUUUCC